GUAAUAGUAAUGUAAUAGUAAUUUAUAUAUUAAAGUAUAGUAAUUUAUAUAUUAAAAAAAAGCAUUAAGGGAUUAUUUACGAAGAUAAGUAAUGCAAGAAAAAAAAUUCAAGUUAAGCAUAAUGUGCGCGCGCGCAUGUGCGUAUACAUAGUUUAUUUUAAAAAUGUUGUAAAAUAACUUCAGAAAAAUUAAUACAUCUAAGAAAAAAUACUAACCAAAUAAUAUAUUCACUGCAUUAAAAUGUUUUUUCUAUUUGGUGUGCUUGUCUACAUGCAAUGUCGUGUAACGUUGUUCUGACUCAUUUCACCGAUUGUAUUUCUAUAAUUUUACGCAUCCAUUAUCGAUAAGUAAUGCUUUAUUAUCUCUUUUCGCAAAAUGAUAAAUUAAAAAAUAUGAUUAAAGAUAAUCUACGCGAUAAAAAGAAUCAUUUCAUGUUGUAGUUUAGUAGUCUACAUUUAACCGUAAUACUCAGUACACGCAGGAUAGAUGUCUUAUAAAACAUCAGUUAUAUCAAUCAUUUUGAGUUAAUUAAUAGUGCAAAUUUCUUUACAUAACUUUUUAAAGGUGAAUUAUCAAAUUGCAUUUUGUCUGUGUGUACAGAAUCAUUACAAGAAGCGUCUGCUAAAAAAUUAGCCUUCUUUGAUCAACAUGGAAAUACUUUAUACGCAUGAACAUCAAAUAAACAUCGAACAAUUCGAGGACUUUCAAUCUUUCAAAAAUUUUAUAGAAGAAACUAUGAGGAACUCAUCACCCAUUAAUUACAUAUCCAUCGACUCUAAAUGCUUAAAAGAAACGUGUCUUGAUAUAGCUAGCAAAAAUGGCCUAACAUCAUUCGUAAAAACCUUAUUACGUCAAGGUGUACAGAUUAAUAAAGUGAACAAAAAGUUCAAUCGCGCCCCUAUUCAUUUCGCCACUGAAGGCGAACACGUAGACACGUUGGAAGCUUUAUUAGACGAUUCGACGGUAAAUCCUAAUCUCCAGGCUGGACAGCAGACCGCCCUGCAUAUUGCAGUAAACAAAAAUAAUCUAGAGUGUGCUUCAUUACUGCUGAAAAGAGGUGCUAACGCUAUUAUUCCUAACAAGGAAAACCUAACUGCUAUCAGCCUAGCGGCAACAAACAAACAAUGUGACAUGAUGAAGCUGAUACUACAAGAACAUAGACUAUUCUUAGAUCUAGAUAAUUACAGAGAUUACAAUAAUCAAACAAUGCGCAAAAUGAUUGAACAGAACCUUCCAGAACUAUCGUUAGAAUUUUAUCAACGUCAUGCUUAUGAUAAUCUUGAGUAUUAUUUGAGGGUUAAGGAUGAAACAAAUUUUUGUAAUACGCUUGAUCAGACUUCCUCUUUAUCAAUGUAUACAAUAUUGUUGGAACUAGCUAUGCAAAAUAAUCUUCGUAAAGCAGUAAUAGCAAUUUUAAGGUUUAAAGAAAUAAAAAAUCCAAGUGAAUUUGUUGACGCCGCGGAAAUGUGUAGCUAUAUGACUAUUGAAAAGGGUAAUUACGCUAUUCUUCAGGAAUUGCUGAACAUAAUGCCAGAGGAACAUAAUGCCAAUGGCCUAAUUAAAUACGCCUGCGAACAGUUGCAAAAAUUGAGCAAUCAAGGAAUAGAUGGAAGGCUUCACAUAUCUGAUUGGCUGAAAUGUAUGAAGUUACUACUGGAUCAAAAAGGAGUGAAUAUUCACAAAAUAAUAGACGAUAAAUUUAACACGCCGUUACAUUAUGCGGUCAAAUCAAACUAUAACGAAGUGAUUACUCUAAUUCUCAGUCAAGACAGCUAUAUUGGUCAUUUGAAUAAAUUCAAUAUACCGCCUAUCGCAGAUAUCCCGGAGAGAAUAUUAUCAAACUACUUUGAUAAUUGUAUACAGAUGAAGACGAACGAGAACACGAAUAAGUGUGCAAUCGAAUUCAAUUAUCGCUGUUUAAUGCCACCUAAUGUUUCUCAGAGAUACAAUGAUAAUCUGGGAACUCACGAAUUAGGAGUGUUCAUGUACAUCGCUGAUAGUGACAACCUCAAACAAUUGUUGAAACAUCCGCUGCUCUCGUCUUUUCUCUAUCUCAAAUGGUAUAAUAUACGGUGUAUCUUGUAUGGGAAUUUCGCUUUCUAUAUAGCCUACUAUGUUUUACUAAAUAGUUACAUUAUAAGUAUGGCAUAUAAUAAUUCUUCAGCGAAUGCAAAUGAAAGUUCUUCAGCAAAUGCGAAUGAAAGCAAAACGCAUAUGUUUAGUGAUAAAUUUUCAAAUUUUUCAUAUACUUCCAUCUCUACAGAAAUGUUUGAUUUUAAAAUUUGUCAGAAUAAUAUUCUACAGAAUUGGAUUAUUUUGAUGCUGGUAUGUUAUUUCGUCCGAGAAGUCUUCCUAUUAGUCUGUUGUUUUUGCCACUACAUCAAGGAUUGGACGAACUGGUUGCAAAUCAUUAUAAUCCUAUUAAGUAUUGCCUUGAUGGUCAAUGCAAAACAUCAUCAUGAUAUCGAUAAUAAUCAUAUAUAUAAAAUAAGCAAAAUAUAUAUUCACAUUGGUAUCAUGGUGAUCCUGUUAUCCACAUUGAAACUUAUGAUGUUGAUCGGCCAAGAUCCGACAUUUUCUAUUGGCAUCUUAAUUUUUUUUAAAGUCAUUUGGAAUUUUGUACGCUUAUUCUCGCCGUAUAUACUCCUAAUCAUGGCAUUCGCUGUGGUCUUCCAAAUACUUUUCAAGGACAGCGAUAAUCCCAAUUUUAAAGAUCCCAAUUUCUUCUUCUCGAUUGUCAAAACUAUUAUUAUGCUCACUGGUGAAUUCGAUAUCGAUGACAUUACAUUCAAUUCGAAGGAUCAGUUUGAGUCUAUGUGGAUCCGUUUCGUGUUCGUAACAUUCGUCUUCUUCAUGGUUAUCGUGCUAAUGAAUAUGAUAAGUGCUAUGGCAAUUAGCGAUACUACCAAGGUUCUGAACAAGACCGAACUGACUGGACUCAUUUACCGAAUACGUCUGAUUGCCUACUUCGAGAACAUCGCUUGCGCGAUCAGUGAGUCGAUCAGGCAAUGGGAGCCUAAAAGAAGUUCUAGGUGUUCACCCUGGUGGAGGUUUUUCGCUAGCUGCGUUAACUUUGUUAGCUUCGAAAUGAUCUUUUUAUUUCCGUGUUUUUUGAGAGAUGGCAAGAGUAGCUUUGAGGACAAUCCUACCUCGAAAAUGGACUAUAAUAUAAUUAAGCAAGCUAAACAGAUCAUAUUUCAUAGGAAUCAAUUAUCGGAUAAUGAUAAAAUAAUGAUUGCGUUAAAUAAAUUGCAGAAAGCGAUGGGGAUUGCGAAUAAUGAUGAAGUUUUAGAUCGUCUAUGAUUAAUUUUAUAAAUUAAAAUGUUAUUUUUACAAGCUAGAAAAAUUAUUAAAUAUUGUAUUAAACACUAUGAUAAUAAUUGCAGUUUACUUAUUUAUUUUAAAAAGGUAAAUUAAAUCUAAUACAAUGCUUUGUCUAUGAACAAAACAUAUAAUUGGAUAUUUGUACCAUUAACUCUAGAGUGAUAUACUGGGGUAACUUUGUAUUUGUGGCAUUGUUUGCAUCAAAAUGGUACACACACAGUAAAAAAUUGUGCAUCCAUAUGUUGAAAUUUUCUUGUCUGACCACAUUUUGACCAUUAUUUUGAUGUAAAAUUAUCAUACAACUUAUAUGUUAUUAUUUUUUAACGUUUUUGUAUGUUACAUUUAGGUCAACUUCAUAAUUUAAUAUUUUGGAUGUUUCUUAGAAAUAAAAUAUUAGUUUGAUUGAUUUUAACACAAUCAUUUUUAACAAUUUAUUCAAAGUCAAUUUAACAUUCCAAAAAAAGUUAACGUUACUCUUUAAAUAAUUGUAAACUUUGAACAUACAAGAUAAUCAAAUUUACUAAAGUCAAAUGUUUCUAUUGCAGACAAUUUAAGUUAAAUAAUCCUCCAUCUUGAAUAUUUUACUAUUUAUUUUAAUCACGAAAGAAUAUAUAACAUAAUGUAACAAAAUGUAAUUAUUCGGCUAUUCAAUUUCCUGUUUCCUUUUCAUUUAAUUGUAACUGUUCCAUCCACUCAACGGGAGAAUUUAAUUGAAAUAUUGAUUUAAUAAGAUAGAAUUAAUUUUCCUCACUAUCUAUUCGAAAUAAAAGAUUUUUUCUUACUUUUACACAUUUAGUGCACUGUUCAGAAACAACGAACAAUAAAUUAUCCAUUACAGAGAAAAGAUGAAGCGAUACAGUACUGUCCAGCUCUACAUACAGUACGACUAGCUUUCGUGGAUAUCGUGGUUUGUAUACCUAGAUUUUCGAAGUGAGAGACAGUCGUUUGCUCAACGACGCAUGAAAUUCAAAGGUGAACCGGAUUAUCGGUGAUUCGCGUGUGACCGAUACGAAACGCGAUGUACGCCACUGAACUUGCACGAUCGAAUUGCGGCAAAUGAUCGUUCAACGCAAGACGCGCGGUGAGUUAAUCCAACGUUGGCUUAAAAUUUAUUAACGGGACAUAUGCAUAGCACAUAUGCGAGGCGAGUAGCGCGC